AUGGCUUCUUCUUUGGCUAUCAAUAGUAACAAAGUUGAUCAUGAGAGCACCCCUGAAAUCGUCGAGAAAUGGUUUCAUGAUCACAAUCGGCAUCAUGCAAAACCUAAGCUCACCAAACUCCAUUUCUUUGUGCACGACAACGUUACCGCCGACAAUCCUACAUCCGUUCUUAUAGCCCCAACCAACACCAACAAUAUUGCGUCUAUUGCUUUCGGUUCGACCUAUGCUAUGGAUGCUCCAAUCACUGUGGAUUCAAAUCCGAGUUCCAAAGUCAUCGGUCGAGCCCAAGGGACGUUUACCUUUGUAGGUCAAGCUGAACCUGUCCUGUCUAUGGCUAUCAACUUGAUUUUCACGGAAGGAGAUUAUAAGGGCAGUUCUCUAAGUAUUCUUGGGAAUAACCCCAUAUCUCAUGACUAUAGAGAAAUGCCAAUAUUGGGAGGUACUGGAGUAUUUCGCUUAGCUCGCGGGAUUGCUACCGUGGAUACUGUUACUGUUGACAUCGCAAAGCUGAAUGACAUUCUUGAGUACCACGCCAUUGUUCAGCAUUACUGA